GCCCUGCCCUAUGCCUUGCACUGUCAAAAUGUUUUUGAAUUUUUAUUUUAUUGUGAAUUUUGAUUGAUAAUUCUUGCGGUUCUUUAGUAACACACCGAUACUUUUUAUUUAAUUACUUAAUAAUUCCUAUUACAUUAAUUGUGUGAUAAAUAUUUAUGUAAUGCUUUUGCAGUUCUUUGGUUAUAUUUACUCUUCAAGAAUGUUGAAAACAUGUUUUUGAGGUUAUAUUUAUAUUUUUUCCCUAAAUAAAUAAACAAAACAAGAAAAUUAGCUAAUUAGCAUGGAAUCUAAAAUGUCAGCCUAUAAAGCCAACAUUUCAGAAUACCAGACAAUAUCAAUUUUGGGGCAAUGCUUCGAUAAUAAAGCUGUGGUUCAACUUGCAAAACACCUUCCUUCAGGUGUUAUGGUUGCCGUCAAGAAAUUUAAUGUUGACAAAAUUCCCGGGGAUAUAAAAUUGUUAGAGAGAGAAAUUAUAUUAACGAGACAACUUAGCCACCCAAAUAUUCUUCCAUAUAUUACAGCUUUUGUGUCAGGUCCUGAAGUUUGUGUUGUUAGUCCACUUAUGGCUUAUGGAUCUUGCAGAGAUUUGUUAACUAGACAUUUUAAUGAAGGACUACUGGAGUCUGCUAUAAUAUUAAUUAUAAAAGAUGUAUUAUCUGCAUUAGUAUACAUUCAUAAAAAAGGUUAUAUUCACAGAGCCAUAAGAGCUAGUCACAUUUUAGUUUCAGUUACAGGACAAAUUUGUUUAACUGGUAUGCGGUAUGCAUGUCCCAUUGUAAAAAAUGGUAGAUGGCAGAGAACGAUCCAUUCUUUCCCUAGGUCUAUAGAAAAAAACUUAAACUGGUUAAGUCCUGAACUGCUUGAACAAAAUUUACAGGGUUACAAUGAAAAGUCCGAUAUUUACAGUCUUGGCAUUUUAACAUGCGAAUUAGCUAACGGAUCAGAACCAUUCUCAGGGAUGUCAAAAACAUUAAUGUUAACGGAGAAAGUGCGAGGUUGUGUUCCACCCCUUUUAGAUAAAACUACAAUUCCUCGAGGUGAAAAUUUAGAUUGUGGAGUAGAUACGGAAAUUAGUUCGAGCAUUUUAAACAGAAGAUUUAGCCAUAAUUUACACCAAUUUGUUUCUCUCUGCUUUAUGUGGGAUGUGACCGAUAGACCUUCCGCUACGCAGUUGAUCAACCAUCCUAUUUUUAAGACUGUCAAAAGAGCUCUACCUCUACCAGAACUACUGAAGCCAGCAUUGCCAUUAAGUGACCGUGUGGGAUUUGAUACAGAUGAAAUAGAAAAUUUUGACACAAUAAAUAAAUUGUCUCAACUAGAUUUUUACACAUGCGAAUGGGAUUUUUAAUUAUUUUUUAAUAAAAAAUGUUUUAACAUACA